CUACGUACCACUUUUGCUGAUUCAUCCCCUUAACUAUUCUACUCUUCUGGAUAUGUGUUCAUGAGCAACACACCUUGCUGUCUCUGCGUUUUCGGGGGGCCAGUGCAAGGAAAGUUUGCCCGUUUUGCUCACGAUGAGAUAGUGCAUUCAUCACCAUAGCUUCAUUACCAUUUCUUUUUCGCUUCGUCGUCGCUCCUUUUUGACAUAGAUUUCAUCUCCAUGCUCUACAGCUACCGCCGUCUCCGGCGCUUCUAUUUGCGGCCGACGCUCUAUAUUAUCGCCAUUCUUUUUUGGAUCGAUGCGCUAUACCUCAUAAAUAGACGGCCGGGCACCUACAGGUCUGAAUUGCAACAUCCAUCGCAUGUGCCCGGCGUGAACAACACUUCCGUUUUCAUAGUUUCAGUACACCGAAAUACGGAGUUGAUACAAAGAUCGGCGUGGAACCAAGCAGUGUUGGAGCUAGUUGACUACCUAGGCGCUGAAAAUGUGCACUUUUCGGCUGUCGAGUCCGGCUCGCAAGAAGGUACAAAAGAUGCCUUGAUGGACCUGAAGGCGGACUUGGACCAACGCGGCGCAACCAACGACGUCAGUCUGGGAAUGACUGUUUGGGAGCAGCUCGACGAAAUCGACCUGCGGCCACCGCCCGACACGAGAGAACCGGGAUGGGUAUGGAACAAAGCCGAAGAUCAGUGGGAGUUGCGCCGCAUACCCUAUCUCUCAAAAGUGCGCAACCAGGCCAUGGAGCCAUUGAAACGGCUCCAAAGAGAAGGCAGACGUUUCGACAAGGUCUUGUGGCUCAAUGAUGUCGUGUUUGAUUCUCAAGACAUCCAGACCUUGUUUGAUACGCGCGAAGGCAAUUACGCCGCUGCCUGUUCCAUGGACUACAAAGCUUCGCCUAUGUAUUAUGACACUUUCGCUUUACGAGACGACAUGGGAUUGAAAACGGCUUCUCUGCACUGGCCCUGGUUCCAGUCGCCCAAAUCAAGGGCUUCAGCACUUCUCAACGAGCCAAUCGAAGUGGCUUCGUGUUGGAAUGGAAUAGUGGUUUUUGACGCUGUCCCCUUUUACUCGGAACCUGCCCUGGACUUUCGUGGUAUUGAUGACAGUCUGGCAGACUUUCAUCUUGAGGGCUCAGAGUGUUGCCUGAUCCAUGCGGACAACUACCUCUCUGCAGCAAGAGGAGUAUGGUUGAACCCCAAUGUUCGAGUCGGCUACAAUGUCAAGGCAUACAACCGAAUCAAGGUCGACCGGUUUCCCACUCCAUUUUGGACAGUGGUGGGCGGAUGGGCGAACCGUAUUAUGAGCUGGAGGAUAGGGUUUCAAAGCUCGCUCGAGGCACACGUCGUGCGCAAGAGGAUAGAACAAUGGGUUUCAGAGACCCCCGCGGGAGAGCUACCUCGCUUCGAACCUGGUGAAGCAUGCUUGAUAAACGAAAUGCAAAUCAUGUGGUCCAAUGGCUGGAAGCAUUUAUAGCACAGGCACAAGAAAAGCAUUAACCUAGGGUUUAGAAACGGCGUUCAAAU